GGUUUGAUUGACACCCCAGCCUGUACUGCCAGCUGCGCGUUCACGAGACAUAAACAACUUUUGUUCUAUGGAAACGACUUCAGAGAGAGUGCAGUUAAAUCAAGACGCACUUCUGAGCGUCACACCUAACGGCAAAUCUCAGUUUAAGACUUAAAAAACUCAAACGGAAGAAACACUUUUACUGUCGACUUAUUUUGAAGGCGGAGGGAUUUUUACUUCUUUUGUUUGCACACCCGGCGAAAAGCAGGAGGAGAUCCCCUGAAUGGACUUUGUUUGAGUGGGCUGAGGAAACCAACUCCAGUCAGUCAGCUAGCUUACGAGUGAGUGGAGGCUAACGUUAGCUAACCACCUACCCUAGCUGUGUGCACGGCUCAGCAGCAGCAGCAGCAGACACCAGGAGAGGAUAGACUGACUGCUCAGCUGCAGCCACAACUUCUCAUGGAGAGACAAGGCAGCAGCUUUAAAGAGCACAAUGCACGGAGCGAGCCCCUGUGUCUGUAGGAACCUGACAGAUAUGUGCACCGAGAGAUGAUAUGGCAGAAUUGCGUGUUACAACAAGGCGAUAGGCCAGGCAGGAAAUUGGAGUAAAGCUGAAACAUAAAGGCUUUGCUACCCCAGCAGCUUGCCAGCUUGUGUGAGUGUGUGUGUGACUGUGACUGUGUGUGUGUGGUUGAAGUGCCUAUGGCGGAGUUUGGGGAGAACGGCAGCCUGCCUCCAUUGAAUCUCGGGGAUCCGGCCGUGCCCAGCGACGGAGCAGCAGGGAAGACGCAUUGCGAAGUGUCGGUGUUGAAUGGAGACUGUGGGAUAUCAGAGAAUAACAUGGUCGGAUCGGGAUCCCUGGUGUCACCUGGACAAGUCGGGGGGGAAACCGGCAACACUUCUGGAGGAUCGGAUGGGAAAUCUGAAAUACCACGCAGGAGCAGCAUUAUCAAGGAUGGCUCAAGACAACGUAAAGAAAGGAAGAAGACGGUAUCGUUUAGCAGCAUGCCCACUGAGAAGAAAAUUAGCAGUGCAAGUGACUGCAUCAGUGCCAUGGUGGAUGGCUCUGAGCUGAAGAAAGUGCGAUCCAAUUCACGGGUCUACCACCGCUACUUCCUCCUUGAUGCCGACAUGCAGUCUUUGAGAUGGGAGCCCUCAAAGAAGGAAUCGGAUAAGGCCAAAAUUGAUGUAAAAUCCAUCAAGGAGGUCCGCACAGGGAAGAACACAGACACCUUUAGAACUAACGGGUCUUAUGAUCAGAUAUCAGAGGACUGUGCUUUUUCAGUCAUCUUCGGGGAGAAUUAUGAGUCACUGGACUUGGUGGCAAACACUGGAGACGUAGCAAACAUCUGGGUAACAGGGCUAAGGUACCUGAUCUCCUACGGGAAACAUACUUUGAAUAUGAUCGAGAGUAGUCAGAACAACAUGCGCUCGUCCUGGCUCGGUGAACUUUUUGACGAGGCUGACGGUAACAACAGCAAACAAAUAACGAUAUGUGCUGCCGUGCAGCUAGUCAAAAAGUUGAACCCAGGACUCAAAAAUGUGAAAAUAGAACUGAAGUUUAAGGAACUUCACAAAGCUAAGGACAAAGCAGGCUCUGAUGUGACAAGGGAAGAGUUCGUCGAGGUUUAUCAUGAUCUUUGCACCAGACCAGAAAUCUAUUUUCUCUUUGUUCAGUUCUCCAGUAACAAAGAAUUUCUGGAUACCAAGGACUUGAUGAUAUUUCUGGAGGCAGAGCAGGGCAUGGCACAAGUCAGUGAAGACACCAGCUUAGAGGUCAUUCAGAAAUACGAACCAUCUAAAGAGGGCCAGCUCAAGGGUUGGCUGUCUCUUGAUGGAUUCACCAACUAUCUAAUGUCUCCAGAGUGCCACAUAUUUGACCCUGAACACAAGACAGUAUGUCAAGACAUGGACCAGCCCUUGACCCACUAUUACAUUAAUUCAUCUCACAACACUUACCUGAUAGAAGACCAGUUCAGAGGUCCCUCUGAUGUGACAGGGUAUAUCCGUGCUCUUAAGAUGGGCUGCCGCAGUGUAGAGCUGGAUGUGUGGGACGGGCCUGAUAACGAACCCGUUAUUUACACCGGUCACACAAUGACGUCACAGAUAGUUUUUCGCAGUGUCAUUGACGUCAUUAACAAGUAUGCCUUUGUGGCAUCUGAGUUCCCCCUUAUACUGUGCUUAGAAAACCACUGCUCCCUGAAGCAGCAGAAAGUCAUGUUCCAGCACCUGAAGAAGAUCCUCGGAGACAAGAUCCAUCUAGAUCCUCCAAAACCAGAGGAGAAUUAUCUCCCCUCACCGCUUGAGCUGAAGGGAAAGAUCCUGCUGAAGGGCAAGAAGCUGAGCACGAACUGCACUGCUUCAGAAGGUGAAGUGACAGAUGAGGACGAGGGGGCAGAGAUGUCUCAAAGGAUGAGCAUUGAGUCUGCAGAACAACAAACCAUCACGCCCAAAAAAUUCCAGCUGUCAAAGGACCUCUCUGAUCUGGUGACCUUAUGUAAGUCUGUCGAGUUUAAAGACUUCACAAUAUCUUUCCAGAACCAGAAGCAAUGGGAACUCUGCUCCUUUAACGAGGUCUUUGCAAGUCGCUGCGCCACUGACUUCCCGGGUGACUUUGUAAACUACAACAAGAAAUUCCUAGCGAGAGUUUACCCCAGCCCCAUGAGGAUCGACUCCAGCAACAUGAAUCCACAAGACUUCUGGAAGUGCGGUUGCCAGAUUGUGGCAAUGAACUACCAGACACCCGGUCUGAUGAUGGAUUUAAACAUCGGCUGGUUCCGCCAGAACGGGAACUGUGGUUUCGUGCUGCGUCCAGCGAUCAUGAGGGAGCAGGUUUCAUAUUUUAGUGCCAACACUAAAGAUUCAGUGCCUGGUGUUUCUCCACAGCUCUUACACAUAAAGAUCAUCAGUGGACAAAACUUUCCAAAACCCAAAGGCUCAGGUGCCAAAGGAGAUGUAGUGGACCCUUACGUGUACGUGGAAAUCCACGGCAUCCCCGCUGACUGUGCUGAACAAAGGACUAAAACAGUCAACCAGAACGGGGACAACCCCUUGUUUGAUGAGAGCUUUGAGUUUCAGAUAAACCUUCCUGAGCUUGCCAUGGUACGCUUUGUGGUGCUUGACGAUGACUACAUCGGCGAUGAAUUCAUUGGCCAGUAUACGAUCCCCUUCGAGUGUCUCCAACCAGGUUUUCGCCACGUACCUCUACAAUCUCUGACGGGGGAGAUUCUGCCACAUACGCUGUUGUUUGUUCAUGUGGCAAUAACCAAUCGAAGAGGAGGCGGGAAGCCACACAAAAGGGGACUGUCUGUCCGAAAGGGCAAGAAGAGUCGAGAGUAUGCCAGCAUGAGAGUGUUAUUGAUCAAGGCUGUGGAUGAUGUCUUCAAAACAGCCUUGCUGCCACUGAGAGAGGCAACAGACCUCAGAGAGAACAUGCAGAAUGCCAUCGUGUCCUUUAAAGAGCUGUGCGGCCUUUCAGCGAUGGCUAACCUGAAGCAGUGCAUCCUGGCCCUUUCUCCUCGACUGACUGGACCUGACAACAUCCCCCUUGUGGUUUUUAACCUCGCUGACCAGUACCCUAACAUGGAGCCCCAGGGCUUGCUCCCAGAGGUCCUCAAGAAAGUGGUCACCACCUACGAAAUGGUGAUUCAGACCAGCAAGACUCUGCUGGAGAGCUCUGAGGGGGUGUACGACAGGAUUCUACAAACACAAAAAACAGCGAUGGAGUUCCACGAGAACCUCCAUGACUUGGCGGUGAAGGAGGGUCUGAAGGGGAGGAAGCUACACAAGGCGGUGGAGAGCUUCACGUGGAACAUCACCAUCCUGAAGGGUCAGGCAGACCUCCUCAAGCACACCAGGAGUGAAGUCCAGGAGAACCUCAAGCAGAUCCACUACGCCGCUCUCACCUGUAACCUGAGUAAAGGCGGAUCGACAGGCGGCUCCUGCGGCUCCGAGUCUAAAGGCAGACGCAGCCUCGAUGCCAUUCCCGAGAAGGCCACCGCUGAGGACGAGCUCACGGAUGAGGAAAAUUGAAGAUCCACAAUCCUGCUCUCAAACAAACCCCCAAAAGCUCUCUGUGUCUCUAACCCUGGCACCGCCAUCGCUCCACCGUGUCGCCGUGUGUUCACACAUUCCAUCAUGUUACAUUCCUGUACCCCCGAGCACAGCUGCAGCCUCUCAGUCGUCUGCCUCGCGAGCAUCAAUAAAAAUGCAACCAACACUCCAGGACAGGAAUUCUCCCAGAGUUCACAUCGCAGAGAGUUCAGAGAAGUCUGGAGAAUCACUGUUUUUAUUAUUAUUAUUAUGAUUAUUAUUAUUUCUGAGUCUUAAGUAGCGACACUGAAAGUUUUCCUUUCUUUUCAAACAUUUCCUUCACAUCUGAAGCUGCCUUGGAAUCGCGGUGUGAGCACAUUGCUCCCAUUCUUAACACCCAGCUAAAAAUAUAUAUGUGUAAAUAAAUAAAUAAGGGUAUCUGAUGAAUGGUUGAUUACUAUCUGAGUCUUUAUCCACACUCCUAAAACAUUUGUGUCUCUCACUCCCUUAAGUCCUCCACUCACCCCCUUUCCUCUUCCUGGGUGAGCAGGGAGAGCGGAGAGAACAGCCACAUGACCGUCUGAGACAUUGACCUUCUGUUCAGAGACGUUCACUUCUCCUCAGCAGACCUGGGAUUCACACGAGGAAAACAAACAGAAUAGAGCCUCGGAUUGUCGAUGAGAUUUCUUAAAGCACAAUUUUUUGGAGUCAUGAAUGUAAGAGGACAUGAGGAAGUGAGGAGGGAGCGGUGGAAGAGUAAAGAGCUGUUUACAAUACUGAACUUGUCCAUGUUCUCGUCUGCCAAAAUAGUAUCUAACUAUGUGUAUAUAUGGAGUUUCCUGUUACCUUUUUUUCUGCAGAGUGCAUCAUUUUAUUAUUGUAUACUUGGAAAUAUAAGAUUUAUUUUAUAAAAGAUAUAUGAACAUGUAUGUGGAGGAACUCAAAGUUUUAUGUGUGUGUAGAUAUCUGAUAAGGAGGGUCAUGGCGAGAGAGAGUGACCUCAUACUUCUCCCGGUGGAGACAGAGGGACUAAAAAUAGAAUGUAUACAUCAUGCCAUUUGUGGUGCAAAUUACAGCAGAUUCUCCAAAAUCCCAACCAGCAACUGCAUGAAGAAGGAACCACAACCUGAGUAUCUGUAACAUGCACUCAAGAACCUAUUUGGACGUUGACACAUUUUCAUAUUCAGGCAUUUUAAUUUGGGAUAUGUUCAGCCUUUAUUUUUGGGGGUGUAGUCCUCUCAUUUCAGAGAUCAGAACGAACUCCAAGUCGCCUACAAAUGUAGAAAAAUAACUUCUCAGUUCAUUUAAAAGUGCCACAUUUCUCUUCAGGUGUCCCCCACUGUUAUUUAUAACUCCUGGCUCCCCUUGUUUACUUGUAUCAUUUAGCUCAGCUGUUUCUCAAAGCAGAGCGACUGAAUGCUUCUCACAGGAAACUUCAGAGAUGCGUCUGAGUUACAGACUGUUAAAGGGAGGUCAUGUACAGACAGACAACGGUUUCAUUUGUACCAUGCUGUUCAAGCUUUGAAACAUUUAAAAGGCGUCUUGCACCGUCUCAUGAGCUUCGCUAUGUUGCAUCUUGCAGUAAGUCACUGUUCAAUGUGCUGCUCACCCACUUUUUAGUGUUUUUGGAGAUGUUGUCUGAGUAACCGCUGUGCAGCAGAUCUCUUACAGCGAAGAGUCGAGCGAGUCACACCACUCUGAUAUAUAAACCCUUUGUAAGAAUUUAAACUCAGGUCUGGUGGGGAUGGUUGAGAUGGAAAUGAACUUCAGAGUAAUAAUAGCAUUGUUGUCAUUCCCUGUGACAGUAUUUCAUCCUGUGAUUUCACUGUGCUGCAUUAUUGAUGACCAGUAAAGAGGAAGAAGAGAGUUGCCUUUUCCAACA